GUUAUAAGCCCAGUGGGUCAGUACGUCGUUAAACUAGGUCCUAAUCCUAGAAACACGAUAAUUAUCCUAGAAAAUGAUAAAAGCAUGGUAAAAUUACUGAACAAAUCUUCCAUCACCAGUGAGUUUUUAAAAUUAUGGUAAAAAUCUGUGUAAAGAAAGAAUCUACGGAACAGUUUUGGCUGUCUAUAAAGGAUCUAACGUUAAAUCAUGAAGCUAAUUAAUAAAUAAAAUAAUACACACAUGAGGUGAGAUGAAAUCCAUCGAUUAAAUGCCAACCCACUUCUGGAAUUUAUUUGUAAUAAAAGAUGCUAUUAUGAGUACAUUUAAACUUCGAAGAUCACACAUCCAAGACUGUGGAACUUACUUAUUCGUCGAGGGUUAAUGUGCCCCUAAAACAGGCCAUGUCUCAAGAAGACCGUUUUAUUUAUUUAUUUAUUAUUUACAUAAUAUUCUCUCAAUAUUCUGCUCAAAGGGAUUUUGACAGACUUUAAUUUUGGUUUGUUUAAAUGUAACUGUCAUGAAAUGAAUGUUGUAUAUUUAUUCUCGAUGUUUAUGCGAAAAAGAAGAUUCACUUUUUUUAGAAGAUUCACUAUUUUUCGAGUUUCUAAAAAACUGCUUAAAAGACUUGUAUUCCAGACGUUAAAAUGUCAACAUUACCGACAUCUUGCUGCCGAAAUGCCAAUGUUUAGAGUGACAUGUCAAUGUCACUUUAGGAUCUUGAAAGCGGCUCCCCCUGGCGUUGUUAUUCUUAUAAAUAUUAUUAUAUUGUAUUAAAUAUAAAUAUUAUUAUUUUUAAUACUAAAUAUUAUUUAUGUAAAAAAUAACUUACCCCUUUGUAAAUGUACUAAGAUAAUAGUAUUAGAAUAAGUUCUAUUACCAUAAGUUGGUAAAUAUUUUAAGUGCAGAGGUUUUAUAAAGAAAUCAGCAUUAAGCCCAAAAGUAAGAGAAUGGACGUGGAUCUGUUGCGUCCAGGCACUGUGCCGAUAUCUCCUGAUACAGUAUUAUGGUUCGAAUUCCUUCUCGAUCCAAAUAUGCUCAAGAAUCAUCUCAGCAAGCCUAAUCCAGAGCCAUCAGCAUGUGAGUUGAUAGAAGAGUUCUUGUCUGUUGAAACAAAGAAUGCCAGUUCUAAACCCACUAGUGAGCGUGUAGUGGAUGUGGACGCUCCUCCAAGCCCACCAGCCUCCAUCCCGUCACCAUCACAGUUCAGUCGGAAACAACUGGCCCUCAAAAUACUUGCCUUGAAAGUAGCUGCAACUUUACAUUGGAAUUUGGAUAUAUUUGAGGAGAAGCUCCCUCCUCAGAUACAGCAACAGUUUAUGCAGGAUCUUGUAUAUGUUACUACUGAUGCUGCAUUUGCUAUUCCGCCACAGGAAAUACCAGCAGACCUUUUACAAAAACCACAAGUGCAAUUUGCUUUGAUUCUAUACCAUAGAUGGAUAAUCAGGUUUCCAGUCAAAGCUGCGCUUUAUGCAAAAUCAAACAAAAUGUCAUAUAUUCACAUGCCUGGUAUGCAAAUAGAUAGUGCCUACAGCCCUUUGAACCAAAACUUCGAGAAGAUUCUGCGAAUGUGUGAGGCUUCACGUAUGCAAAGUAUUAUAUUUUUAGAUGAGAUUUUAUCACACUAUGAACCAACAUCCAGCUCUGGUCGUAAGGAAUCCAAAAAAAUAAAGGUCCCUGUAAUGGAAUCCUUCAUUCACCUUACUGAAGAAACUGUUGAUAUGAACCACAACUGGAACGCUGGUGAUGUAUUGAUCAGCCAACACGAACUUGCGAUGCAAAUUCAUUUUGAUCUCUGCUAUAACUACUUCUUUUAUGGACAACAUAAUUUAGCUAAAAAACACAUCCUUGGCUGCAGAGAAAACUCCAACUUACUAGAAAGGGAAAUCUCAAUUUAUGGUUACGGCCCUUAUAAAGAGAUGCCUUGGGGAGAGUUUUAUUACGCAAGUAUGGGUAAAGACGAAAUAUUGGGAUAUAUUAGAGCAUUAAACUUAGGUUUUGAGGUGUUAAAUGAAGAGCCCUCCCUACAACAAAAGCUUCAAGAUUCAAUAGCUAAUCAUUACACUGGAAUCAUAGCAGUUCUGCAGGCCGACAACCUGACUAGAGAGAUCCCGAUGAUUCACAGACAAGUGGUCGAACUUGACAUUCAAGGGUCCGCUUCAAGCGGAGCAUUCACUGUAGCUAGAGAUCUCCUUAACAGAGUGUCUGCAUUGAAUGCUGUUAGAUACGCCUUAGAAGGUGGUUUACCAUCCACUCAUCAAGAAUUUUUAAACAAAUUCAAAAUAGUUGGCAUCAAGUUCUUUGAUCUCCUAUUUUGGGCAUUGGCCCCAGUUUUAUCCUCUGACUUAUCAGAAUCCGACUGGAACAAUUUAAGGAUAUUCUUCCUCCAUCUAGCAACGUCUCAAUGUCGGUUACCAAUCGAUAGAAUUGAUGAGUACCUUAAAAAACAUGUUGGUGAAUCAGCAGAGGCCAUCAGGAAGAAAUUGAUUACUGAUGAACAAUUAAACACGAUUCUCAAUGACCCUGUUAACAUUGAUGACGAAAACAUGGACAUUCCUCGAGAAUUGCUGACAGACGAUUGGGAAACUCCUGACUUUGAAUUCAAGACUGUGCCGGAGUUAGAAAUGGGCCGUCUUAAGAAUCGACUUAUUGAAGCAUCAACAGCGGAUGAUGUUCGAAUGUGUUUGGUUAAGUUGGCUAUGAUGGCGCCAGCGUCUCUUUUGUGGAAGAUUAGUCCAUCUUGGAAGCCUGCUGGGGAACUGUGCAAUGCCUUGAUAUCCUUACCUAGAGGGUUUCUUCAAGAUUUUGGUUACGUUGUGUCCGGUGCAGCUCGAGCAAGGGCUGAAGCGGGAUGCGCCCGGGCAGCUUUGUCUUUACUCUCUGUAUUAGAGGGCGAAGCUCGCAGCCAACUCGGCCAAGGCAAUGAUCCUACACUAUAUAGAUUAUGUCGUCACCUCUCAUGGGAAGUACUAUUUCUACAGAUUAACGUAGUGUUAGCCGAAUGGCCACAUCAUAGGAUAAAUUUAACAGCUUUGGCAAAUAAAUGCAGAGCUUGUAUUGCCGCUGUGAAUUCGAACGACGGCGUCGUACCAAGACCACAGGUAAUAGAGGCUUGCUGGAUUUGCCUCAUAAACGCUUGUGAAUGGGAAGGCGUCGGUGUAACUACAGGCCCGGGUGAAGUGGCCGCGGCGCUCUGCGCCGCCUGCUUCGAGUUACAGCGCGGCAAAGCGACGAGGAAGUUCCCUAGACCUUUAUGGGAUUACGCUUUGAAUAUAUAUGGCUCAGGGACUACCGGUCCUACGAAGAGGUCGGCGGGAGGUGCGCCCUCACAUUCACGUGAUGCUAACGGGGCAGCCGCAGAAGCGCGUAACGCAUUCAAUGGCUUCCUAGCCACGUUGAGAGAACCUCUAGCAGUCAGCGUCAUGCUUUCCCUCCUAGCCAGGAUCCACAAUCUCCUUAUAGAUGACAGUUCGUUAGAACUUGUUGUAGAGUACACGAACCUCUGGCCGUCAAAUAUAUCAAAUAUGAACAAUUAUAACCCCAAAUUCGUUCUGGAAUCUCUCACUGAUUUACUAGAACGAAGUCUCAAGUUGUACCCAUAUAACACGUCAUGGCUCCGCCUAUACGGCGACGUGGAGAUGGCGGAGGGCAGAUGGGGCGCGGCGCUGCGGCGCUACCUGUGCGGCGCGGCGGCGGGCUCGUGGCACUUCGCCAAGCGCGCGCCCGACGAGGCGGGCGUGGCGCGGCGCGCGGCGCGCUGCUGCCAGGCCCUCGCCGCGCCCACGCAGGCCGCCGCGCUCUGCCAGCUGCCCGACGAACCUGACUACACUACUGCCUUCAAGUGCUUGGCUGAGAAGACUGGUAACGCGGCCGACGCGAUGGACGGCUACUACGGGUGCGUGUGGGACGGCACUCUCCUAGAGGUGGCAGUCGCGUUGCACGCACGACGUGGGGAGGGGGGGCGACGCGCGCGCGCAGUCCGGGCGGCCGGUGCGCUUGAACUCAACGCGAACAACAGCGACGACAUACAACGCGAGGCCGCCGCCAUACGACGCGCGCGACUACUGCGGGCUCUCACCAACCAAUACGUCGCGUGAAUUUAAUUAAAAAACAACUUCGUCUCGAAAAUAAUAAUUAACCAUUUCCCUGUUUUGUGAGUCUUGGCGGCGAAGUGGUGAAGUAUCGGAUGCAAGUGUGAAUAACAAUAAGCGAAAAGUUUACAUUUUCGUAGAGAAUGUUGUACAAGAGAACAAUAAUGUUAUACAAUUUUAUUGUAAGUAUAAUAAAUAAUACUUGUUAAA